CCUCUUUGAGGAACUUCCCAAAAUCCUGCGCGGCGGGCGUCAGCUGCGCUAAGAUGGCGACUCCCAUGCAUCGGCUCAUAGCCCGGAGACAAGCUGAAGCAAAUAAGCAACAUGUGAGAUGUCAGAAAUGCUUGGAAUUUGGACACUGGACUUAUGAAUGCACAGGGAAAAGAAAGUACCUCCAUAGGCCUUCAAGAACAGCAGAACUAAAGAAAGCUUUAAAAGAAAAGGAAAACAGAUUAUUAUUACAACAAAGCAUUGGAGAAAGUAAUGUAGAAAGAAAGACCAAGAAAAAAAGGUCUAAGAGUGUGACCAGUUCCAGUAGCAACAGCAGUGACAGUUCAGCCAGUGAUUCUUCAUCAGAGAGUGAAGAGUCGUCUACCUCAUCCUCCUCAGAGGACAGUGACACUGAUGAAAGCUCCUCCAGUUCUUCAUCUUCAUCCUCCACCAGCUCUUCCUCAUCCUCUGAUUCAGACUCAGAUUCCAGCUCUUCCAGUAGCAGCAGCACCAGCACAGAUAGCAGCUCUGAAGAUGAACCAUCACGGAAGAAGAAAAAGAAAUAGAAUUGCUCCAACCGUACUGGACUGAUGGACUGAAAACAUUAAUGUGAUUCUCAGAAGGGAAUUUAGAAUGUGUUAAGGCCAAAUAGAUUAACUGGUCAAAAUUUCUGGAGUCCAAAAGUUUCUAAAUGUUUUUCAUUGUAAGAACAUAAAGAGUAUUAGUAAUUGAUUAUAUUAUAAAGACUUUUUUAAGGGUAAAUCUUGUUUUUCUUUUUUAUCUUUAAAAUAUAUCCCUAAAAUUAAUCACAGCUGAAAUCCAAUAAAUUUAUGUUUUCUCCCUGUGAAAUAAAUGCCAUACUUUAUGAUAUGUUAGUGCUAUGUACCAGCCAUGUUUUUUGGAUAAUGCAUCAAAAUAUCUGACAGUGAAUUUUUAAAGCUUUUGGCUGUAUGUUAUUAUGUAAGAUUUAAUACAUUGUUACUAUAAGCUUAGGAGUUUUCCUACUGUUAAUAAAUGUGGUCUAUUUUUA